UCUAAAUGGAUGAAACUACAAUGGUAAAAACAAUUUUCAAUAUAAUCAGCUAUUAGACGGCAAGUUUUUUAAAAAAGCUACUAUUUUAUAAACUACACCAUAACGGUCAAUUACCGGCGAUCAGUCAGGUCAACAUAUGGAACAUGCUAAGAUUAAGACAUUAAGAUGUGGUCAUUGAGAUUAUGUAGCCGAGGGAUCCGGGACCUACGUUUGCGUAUAACUACAGUGUCACAUCGAGCAUCGACAACAUCAGCUGCCGAAGUAGGUGAAGUUUCUGAUCCAGGUUCAACUGAAGUAAAACCUUUUAGUCAAAUUCCUGGACCAAAAGGAUUAUACAAUAUUCCUUUUUUAGGAACAGCAUUCCAUUUUAAACCUUUUACAAAAUACGUUCCUGAUGAUUUACUUGAUGUCUUAAGCAACGCACGUGACAAGUAUGGCGACAUUGUUAAAAUACGGAUGGGGAAAGAUUACAUAGUUUAUGUAUACCAUCCGGAUUAUGCCAAAACAGUUUUCCAGUUUCCUUUCAAGGAACACCUUCGGGUUGGGUUAGACCUUAGUGAGACUUUCCAUGACAGAAGUGGUGUACCGAGAGAUCUUGGAACACUACAAGGCGAUGAAUGGGCUGCUCUCAGAAAACCAUCACAAGAAAAGAUGCUUCGACCAGCAGUUGUUGCUAAUUAUGUGCCGUUGAUCGAAAAAGUUACGAAUGACUUUGUUGAGAAGUUGCGAAAGAAAGGAAGUGUAGACGAUCUGCUUAAAGAACUGCUGAAUUAUACAACUGAAAGUGUGGCGAUGCUUUGUUUUAACAGAAGACUUGGGUAUUUGGAAAGUAAUUCAGAUACAGAAAUUGUAAUUCUUAUCACAAAAUUCUUCAUUGAUUUCCAGACAUCGUUUACCAUGCCUUUCAAGACAUACAAACUAUUCAGAACCAAACUUUAUAAAAGAUUCGAAAAGACAUAUUUGGAUAUUCAUAGGAUAGGUAGGCAAGAGAUAUCAGACCAAAGAAAAAUGUUAGAAAAAUUACAAAGAGAAGGUAAACUCGAUCAGUAUCUUCAGGACGAACCGAACUUCAUAUACUCGCUAAUUAAUGACACAAGAAUGACGGAUGAUAAAAUCAAUAGCGUUAUUAUGUCUUUGUUUAUAGCAGGAAUUGACUCGACUGCAAAUACAAUCGCCUUCGUAUUAAUCAAUUUAGCAUUAAAUCCAGAAAAACAAGACAGGUUGUUCCAAGAAAUAAAGGAAACUAUGUGUGAUGAAAAUACUCUUACGAAGGAACAUCUAGCAGAAAUGUCUUACCUCAAAGCCUGUGUCAAAGAAUCUCAAAGGUUAGUGUUUCCAUUGAUGCUUGGUGCUAUUCGAUACCUAGAAGAAGAUAUUGUAUUAGCAGGCUAUCAUAUACCCAAAAACACACUCGUCCAUCCAAAUAUGAAUUCCAUGACAAUGGAUGACAGAUUUUACCCGAGACCUACCGAAUAUAUUCCUGAACGAUGGCUUCGUGGUACAAAAGACGAUAUUGCCAAAGGUCAGGACUUUCCAUUCGGAAUGAUGCCUUUCGGGUUUGGACCAAGAGGGUGUAUCGGACAAAGAUUCGCAGAAACGGAAAUGCACAUUGGUGUCGCAAAGGUUAUACAGAACUUCAAAAUAUCUUUACCGCCAGGAGUAACGGGAGUGAAAACAAAGCUCAAGACUUUUACAACACCGGCAGAAAGUGUUGUUCUACAUCUAACGGACAGAAAUAUAUCGAACGUAUAGAAUGUUAUAAUUACUGUUCUUCAUUAAUACUCAUAGAUGUUUUAUGUAGAUUUUCUUGUAAAAUAAUGAUGUAAUGUUGUCAUUGGUGACCAAUAAUGUAUACUGGGCUUGAUUUAUCAAAACUCAUAAAAAGUAGAGGAUUUCUGAUUAGUUACAAAUUUUGCAUAUUAACCGAUAUUUCAUUUAAUAGUUCCUCCUUAAAGCUCAUAUAAGUACUCACGAUAUAUGCAUCCCGGAAAACAAGAUGGCAGAAAUGGACAUUAUUCUAACAUUUGAACUCGGACUUCUUUUACGCGGCAUUUUACGCCUGUCUCAAGUCAGGUACAUCUACCCCUUGUUAGUGUGUUUUUUUAAAUUUUGGUUCAUGUGUUGUUGGAGUUCAGUGUGUCGUUUAUUUCGCUGAACUAGUAUACAUUAUUAUUUUGGGGUCAGCGGAAGCCCCGACUCCAGAUGCGGGAUGUUCUCGCAGUGUUGAAGACACAUUGGUGACCUUAUUCUGUUUUCUGAUCUUUGGACGGGUUUUUGUUCUCUUUUACACAUUCCCCGUUUCCAAUCUUUAUUGUAAUACGCCAUGACUGCAUGCAUGAGAGCUGAAGGAAACCGAAGAAUUAUCCCCAAUGUGCAACUAUCCUAUAUAAUUUUAUGACACAUAUUCAAAUCAGGAAAUCAUGCAACUGUAUACAUGACUGUCUUGAAGGUUUUAUCUAACCUUGACCUCAUUUGCAGGGUUCAUUAGUCAAUAAAGUUAAUUAAGUUUUCAUUGUUAGGUAUUUUUCUCUUCUCAUAAAUUAUAAGGAAUAAGUCAACUGCAUGUAUAUUUGUUGCAUGGAAUUAUUGUAUGGUGUCCAUAUCCCUUUGGCUUGUCUCCACACAUGGAUCUUAUAUAAUAUUGAAUUUAUAUGAUACUUGUA